AUGUCAGCACCAAACGAAGGUCGUCAAUCGCCACCCCCAGAGGAGCAAUCCGGCAAGCAGCAGCAAGAUACACCUGCCACCGGCCAGGGAGUCAACAAGGACAGCAACAACAAGGAUGAUAGCAAGUCUCAACUCGAGGGACUCUCUUCCAACCCCAAGGGACCUCUCGAUGACCAUGUAGCGGAGACGGCGAAGAAGACGGUGAACACGGAGAAGAAUUAG